AUGGGACACUGUCUCGCUCGAACUUUUUUGCCAUGGUCUGCUUGCCUGCCAGAGAGUUGGCUGACACUGUCGAUAUACAGGAUGUGUCAAUGGCAUGCUUCCUUUCUGCAGGCGUGGAGUUGCAAAGUCGCAGCGCGAUUCCUUCGCACCACGUUCGGAGAUUGCCAGAUGUUUUUACUGCGAAAUGCGGUGAGGGGUGCGGCAUGUGUGGCUGGCUGUGCUGUAUUAGCAAAGAACUUGGAGGAAGAAAAUACGUUCCGAAGAGUUCAUUUAUUUGCCGCAGAAAGGACGAAGAGCUUUGAUGAAUACUUUCCUCGAGGCACUUGGGAUGAUAACUGGGACUUUCGAUCUCCAGCAUUCCUUCUGAACAAGAAGGAGUAUGAAAAAGCUUUGGACGAGGAAAGAGAGAAAAUGGAGGAGGACGCGAAGGUUACUGCUAUCCGCAAUAUCUUUCUUAUUCGACACGGACAGUUCGAAGUGUUAAAUGGAGAGAAGCGUCUUACGCCGUUAGGGCGCGAGCAAGCCGCACUUCUUGGCAAACGUUUGGCUCAGUGUGGUAUUAGCUUCGACCAACUCGUGAUGUCUACUAUGAUAAGAGCUAAAGAAACAGCUGAGAUCAUUUUGGAACACUUGCCACCAACACUGAAGAGAUCGAGCUGUGCAUUACUGGAGGAGGGUCCUCCUUAUCCCCCAGUUCCAGCUGUAGACUACUGGAACCCGGAGUAUGCAGAUUUCUUUGCGGAAGGAUUGAGGAUUGAGUCCGCAUUUCGUCGACAUAUACAUCGCGCUGCUUCCUCACAGAAGGAAGACUCCUAUGAACUUUACGUUUGUCAUUCCAAUGUCAUUCGCUACUUCAUCUGUCGAGCUCUGCAGUUUCCUCCAGAAGGUUGGCUUCGCAUGUCCUUAGGAAACUGCAGCAUCACUUGGCUUGUCAUUUUUCCCUCGGGUAGAGUCGAUCUGCGGAGCCUUGGUGAUAUCGGUCAUUUGCCUCCCUCUAAGGUGUCAUUCACCUUGGUGUGAAUGCUCAUUUCAACUGCUGUUCAAUCAACUGCAUGCGUCGAGGAAUGCAUUCUAUUAUAGUUUUCAGAUCCACAGUUUUUUCGCAGGUGCAUUCUAGUUUCUGUUUCCUACUUUCUAGUUUGUUAGCAAACCGAAGUUGUAUGUAUGAUCAUAUACUGCAGCGCUGCAUCUCUUCACUCUGUAUAUACUUAGAAAGGCAUGGAUACAAAUGAUGUUGUGUGAUGACAAAUUAUUCCCAUUGCUGAUCUAGAUUAUCCUGUAGAAAUAUCACCUUCAAUAGAUUAUUGCUGCUCUAGUUUCUUUCGAAAGAUCUCACAUUGUUUUUGAACGGAUUAUGCGUAGCCAUAUGCAUUGUGGCUUGUUGCGUUUAUACAUGG